AUGGGCGAUUUCUGGUCGGCCAUGAGGGUGUUCGACGAGAUGGAGGAAAGGGACGUGGUGUCGUGGACCACUCUCAUCGACGUGCACGCCGAGAUGGGCGAUUUGAAGGGAGCCCGUCGGGUAUUGGAUGAAAUGCCUGAGAGAAAUGAGGUCUCGUGGAGCACCAUGAUCGCGAGGUACGAUCAGAACGGGCAUCACAAUGAAGCAAUCGGCUUGUUCGGCCCGAUGCUAGACGACGGCUGUAAGCCGAACAUGUCUUGUCUCUCUAGCGUUCUUUGCGCUUCUGCCGCACUCGGGGAUUUGCAAUUUGGGACUCAGAUCCACUCCCAUGCUAUAAAGAUUGGCUUCGAGAGCAAUGUGUUCGUCGCGAGCUCUCUAAUCGACAUGUAUUGCAAGUGCGGCAAAUCUGAAACCGGGCGCCUAAUUUUUGACUCGCUCCCGCAAAAGAACGUAGUUUGCUGGAACUCGAUGGUUGCGGGUUACAGCAGCGACGGACGGAUAGAAGAAGCCGAGCAGCUGUUCGAGCUAAUGCCUGCGAGAAAUAUCGCAUCCUGGAAUGCGAUCAUCUCCGGUUAUGCACAAAACGAGCUUUUCGGCAACGCGGUGGAAUUGUUCGAUGCCAUGUUGGCUUCAGGGCAGAGGCCGAGCCUAAUGACCUUCUCUAGCGUUCUUCAUGCUUGUGCUAACCUGUCUUCUCUAGAGAAAGGGAGAAGCGUUCACGCUAAGAUCGUGAAGCUCGGAGUACAGCGUGAGGUUUUCAUGGGGACGGCGCUCUCUGAUAUGUACGCCAAGUCGGGUGAUAUAGAGAGCUGUAAGCGAGUGUUCUCUAGGAUGGCCGAAAAGAACGAGGUUUCGUGGACCGCAAUGAUCCAAGGGUUUGCGGACAAUGGCUUGGCGAAGGAGUCUAUACUCUUAUUCGAGGAGAUGACAAGUGCGGCGCAAAUUUUACCGAACGAACAAACGUUUCUGUCGGUUCUUUUCGCUUGCUCUCACUGUGGCUUGGUGGAUGAAGCUUUCCGUUAUUUCGACUUGAUGCAAAGGGAGUAUGGCGUUUCGCCAAAAGAGAGGCAUUAUACUUGCAUGGUCGAUCUACUUGCUCGAGCCGGUCGCUUACGAGAGGCCGAAGAGUUCCUCCGUGCAAUGCCGAUCAAGCCAGAAGCCAAUUCCUGGGCGGCCCUCUUGAGUGCUUGCGCCGUUUACGGUAACGAAGAGAUAGGCGAGAGAGCGUCUACGGAGCUUCGUGAAUUAGAAAAGGAGAACACGGCGGGCUACGUCUUGCUCUCGAACAUGUACGCUUCUUGCCGGAAAUGGAAAGAUGCGGCUCAGGUGAGGAGACUGAUGAAGGGGGCAGGGCUCAAGAAGGGCGGAGGGUGCAGUCGGGUUCAGAUACGGGACGAAUUCCAUACAUUCUUCUCUUGGGACGUAAAACACUUCGAGUCGUCACAGAUCUACGAGGUUUUAGAGCUAUUGAUGUGGGAAUUGACGGCGUAAACGGAAAAGAUCUGCAGAGUGGAAGUAAUUAGUUGAAUUGAUCCAUUAUUUCAUUCCCUCAUUUGUUCAUGUUAGCAACUUAAAAGUGAGGGCCCUGUAUCUAUCUUCUGCUAAGAUACCCUGAUACAAACACUAAACUGAUCACUUUUGUUGUUGUUAAUGUUAUCUUUUUCUGAAUCGCUUGUCUUAUAAGAUAGCAAGUCAUUUUCAUAGGCUGACACUGCUGCUUGUAAUGUGAGGAAAGGAAACUUUAGGAGAGUUUCCUCUGAUCAGAUUAGCUAGAAAAAAACUUGUAUUUAUGGUUAAUGCAUUUGUUUUUUUGCCUUAA